AUGCAGGAGGGUUUAAAACUGGCGGAAAGAUAUAAUGCGUCUUUAGGGUCUUCUCAGACUUAUCCCAUCGACAACCACCAUGACAAAGAGUCUUCGACAGAUGUUGCUACGGAUGAUAUAAUGGAGAAGGAUUUACAUUCCGGAAAGACAAUAAGCAGUCAGAAUAGUUUGGAUGGCUCAGAGGCUUCUACACCAGUUCAUCAACUUGAGAGGCCUACAAUAGAUGUGAGCGAAAGAAACGAUAGCCGGAGAAAAUUCAGGAAAAAGACCUCUCUUGACGAUCUCCUUGACCAGGCGUCUAAAUUUCAGCCUCAAUACGAAUAUAGCUUUCCCACCUCUUUCCUUCGUAAGAGAAAAGCGCCCCAGAGUAAUGAGUCUGAUGGAGAAGAGGAAGCAAAACAAAACAGGACUAAUAAAAUAGUGAAACAGAAAAAGACUAAAAAAAAUGUCAAGGUAACGAGCAAAUCUAAGGCUUCUGUGCCUAUAGAGGAAAAACACACUAUAAAUAAACAACCUAAGAAGACAGGAACUGGUGGUAUGAAAAGAGGCCCAAAACCGGGAAGAAAGAAGAAAUCACAGAAAAAUACAAAAAAUAGUAUCAAGAAAGAGUCAACGAAUGCUAUUAACAAUCACAAAAUGUAUGAGAUGGACAGUGCAUCCAGUAGAUUUGCGGAGCAUAAAAACUCAACAAACUCUGAAUCAGCAAACAAUUCGUUCAUUGACUGGUCUCUUCCCAAGUUUAGUCCACCAUAUCAGAUAUUUGAUAUUGACAAUAUCAAUUCUUAUAGUAACUUUCAGGGCCAAAUUUACAGUUCUGCUUCUCUUACCAAACACCACAAUGAAAUAGGAUCUAAAACUCCAUUCUCAAGGAAUAGAGAUGGUUCUAAAUCUCCUAUAGAUGAUGGUCAGGGCAAAUUGAUUGGCCUUCGCAGUAUUUUGUACCCUGACUACUAUGAAGAAUACUUAAUGGAUUAUAAAAAGGUCAACUUUCGUUAUGACGGAAUGGCUGAAAUAGGAAAAAUCAUGGAGUAUGUUGGUAGAAUUUAUUUGCCGGAAAAAUAUCAGAAGGAAUAUAAAGAAACGGUAGUUGAUAUUUAUAACACCGCUUAUGACAAUAAAGACUUAGCCUUGUCAAUAUCAACAGUUGAGAAAUACAAUCAAUUUGUGGGUAGCAUACCGAAAGCCGAAAUAGUAAAUCAUUUAGCAGCAACAAAGGAACUACCAAGAUCUUUCUUACACGAUUUUUUGCAAAUUGUUUAUACAAGAAGUAUUCAUCCGUAUGCUUCUAAACUUAAGCAAUACAAAGCCUUCAGUAACUACGUUUACGGCGAACUUCUACCUGGUUUUUUGACUGACGUUUAUUCAAAGUGUGGACUAUCCAAAAAUCAUCUUUUUAUGGACCUAGGCUCUGGAGUUGGUAAUUGUGUAAUUCAAGCAUCUCUCGAAUUUGGAUGCAGAGAAAGUUUUGGCUGUGAAAUCAUGGAAGCUGCAAGUGAACUAACCGAAAUUCAGAUGAGAGAGUAUUCAAACCGCUGCAAGCUAUUUGGUUUCAAACAAAGUAAAAUUGACUACUCACUAAGGAAGAGUUUCAUUAAUAACGAGAAAGUUGAAAGCCUGAUACCAGAAUGUGAUGUGCUUCUGGUCAACAAUUUUUUAUUCGAUGGAAAACUAAAUUAUGAAGUUACAAAGCUGUUACAGAAAACUAAAGUUGGAUGUAAAAUCAUCUCACUAAAAAACAUACGGGCGUCUGGAUACACAUUAGAUACUGUUAAUAUUGAGUCAGUCUUGAAUAGACUGGAGGUCAAGAAGUACAGGCUUGACAACAACAGCGUAUCUUGGACCCAUAACGGUGGUGAGUAUUUUAUUUCAACAGUUCUAGACCGCAUUGAUGAAUCACUGCUUGAUCCUCAAAAGAGGGACCGUAGAAAUACUCAUAGGCCUGCUAAAUAUACAAGGUAA